GUUUUUUAAGAGGAAAUUCAGCAGGUUUAUGGGGCCAAAUAUAGCCGUUAUCAGCUCCCACAGCUGAGUGGGCAGUCCCCUGUGAGUAGUGAACGUAUCAUCUGCAGAUGCGAGUAGUAACUGAACAUGCCAGACGAUGACAGCUGAAACCACAAAACUGCUAGAGGACCAUUGAGAAAAGGAGUUUCUUUCCCAGGGUGACCUCAGCUCACCCACUCACAGUUCUGGUUAUCAAAUGUGCUCAGCUUAAUAAUGGUGCACAAGAAGGAAGUACAUAAAUAAAAUUAAAAAAAAAAAGAAAGAAGAAAAAACGAAGAUGAGGACGAAGAGGUUUUGUGUUGGGUGAAGUCCACGGGGAGACUGGAAGGAUGGCUGAAGGAACCAAAACCAUGAUUGUGUUUUUUCUGCUCUUCGUUUUUUCAGGUAAGCCAGCAGAGGGUCAGAGUCUGUUGGAUGUGUGCUCAACAUGCCAUGCUAAUGCCACCUGUGACGACAAGUCAGAUGGCUCGGGCAAAGUUUGUAACUGCAAGUACGGCUUUGUUGGAAAUGGAAGAACCUUCUGUCAAGACAAAGAUGAGUGUCAGAUAGGAUCCAGUAAGAUCUGUGGCCAGCACACCACUUGUCACAACACUUUUGGCAGCUACUACUGUACUUGUCUGGCCGGCUACAGCCCUUCUAACAACAUGGCUGUUUUCAUCCCAAAUGAUGGCACCCACUGCCAGGAUAUUGAUGAGUGCGGGAUCACAGGGCAGUGUGGAGAGGGAGCUCAAUGCAGGAAUCUUGAGGGCAGCUUUGACUGCAGCUGCCAGGUUGGAUACAAAAUCCACAAUGGAGUAGAACCCUUUAACCCACUGAGAGACAAAGCUUGCUGCAAAGGUUUACAACUUUGUAAACCUAAGUUGUGUAUAAUUCUGUCCUGCUCAGUUGUUAACUGUGGCCCGCCUGCACUACUGGAGGACACGUUCCUACUGUCAGUCACAGGAACUACGUACAGCAGCGUGGCCACAUUCAUCUGCGAUGAAGGCUUUGUGUGGAGGAGGGGAGACAACAGCUCUGUGUGUGGUGCUGAGGGGCUGUGGAGCAAACCUAACAUGGUCUGUGAAGCUAAAUGUGGCCCAGCUCCUUUUCUUGCCAACUCAGAGGUGGUGUGGCAUAAUAGAAGUGUUGUGAUCCACCGCUGCGUGGCAGGAUAUCACAGCUGGAGGGGAAGCAACGUCUCUGUGUGCGGGAGCUCCGGGGAGUGGCAGAAAGCUACUCUGAGAUGCAUAGAAAUCAAACCACCUAUCAAUCACCUGCUUAUUUUUAAUGAAAGCUGCCUGCAGUGGAAAGCGGAAAAGUACGAGGAGGACACAGAGGUUUACAAGGUGACUUACACUGGAUCCAGGGACUACCAGAGAUCCUUUUAUGACAAAAGGAAGAGAUUUCUGAGCUCCAAAGCAGACCAGCUGAAGCUCUGCCUUGGCUUGCUUCCAGUCACAAACUAUAGCAUCACCGUCACUGCAACAUCUGCCAGGUUCACAGCCUCUGUCACCACAAACACCAGUCUACCAGUACCUCCAGGACCAGUUGUCUACUACAGGGAAUUUGACACUCCUCUACCAACGUUGAGUCUACGCAGAUCACCCAACACACUGGACUUAAUAAGUUUGUACCAAGUGUUUGUGCUUCCUGUAGAGGGGAUUAUAAUGUUUAAUUGUUCCUCUCCUGCAAUCGCGCCGCCUUUGAGCACACUUAAGUCACCAGCAGAGUACAUCACUGCUCAGUUUGAAGUCCAUCGUGUUGGAACAGAGAUGAAUCUUACUAUAGGAGAUGGGCUGCUCUAUGGUGGCUUUUAUAAUGCACCACUGGAGAGUGGCAAGAACUAUUAUAUCAUUUUACGGGCUGUCAGUCAGUGGAAAUCGGCCUUAAAAAGUUCCUGUGUCCUGUGGGCUAAAGUAACAGCUACAUCGUACGCUCUGAGGGUUUCAUCGCUGUCUGCUGUAGCUACUAUAGGGCUGGUUGCCGUGGUUAUUUGGGGAGGCUACAGUAUAACCUGGUGUUUCAAGAAGACAUGAUGCUCCUGAGUGCUGACGUGCUCUAAUACUGUCCUGAGUUUCUAGCAGUACAUUUUGUAAAUAGUUAUUAUUUUAUAUUAAAUAUUAUCACCAUAUUAAACUUAUUAAAAUCAUUUUUUGACACAGACUCACAUUGU